UUCCUGUAUCUCAGCACUACUACAUCAUGAGGCGAAUGUUCACUAUAGUGUCUCGCGGUAACGUUAUGGCAGGGAGUAAACGGAAGAUGCUGGCGCUGACAGCAGCAGGAACACCUGAGGAAGCAGUAAAUGUACAGAUAGAUUUCAUCGGGAAGGUUUCACCUGCAAAGCUGAAGAAGCCCAUUCAUCAGAGUGAAAACGACCAAAGUGCAGAGACGGAGAAAAGCCAUUAUUUCGCCAAGAAAGAUCCGCAGCACAAACUGGGAGAGGACUUUUUCAACCAACCUUGCAUCAGUUUGGCUAAAGCACUCCUCGGGAAGGUGAUGAUCCGCAGGUGCGCUGAUGGUACUGAGCUGCGAGGGAGAAUAGUGGAAACUGAAGCCUACCUUGGGGGGGAAGACAAAGCCUCACACUCAGCAGGAGGCAAACGCACUGAGAGGAACACAGCCAUGUUCAUGAAGCCCGGCACAAUCUACGUGUAUCCGAUCUAUGGCAUCUACCUCUGUAUGAAUGUGUCUAGUAAAGGGGAGGGUGCUGCUGUGCUGCUGCGUUCCCUUGAGCCCCUGCAGGGUCAGCCUGUCAUGAGGCAGCUGAGGGGAGCCAGACGCAAAGAGGGAGCCCGUCAACUGAAGGACAAAGAGCUCUGCAACGGGCCGUCAAAGCUUUGCCAGGCUCUAGAUAUUCCUCGCUGUUUUGAUCGGCGAGACCUAGCUUCAGACCCUGAAGUGUGGCUGGAGAGAGACACAAAUCCAGCAGAACCCCAGGAUAUAGUGUCAGCACCACGCAUUGGAAUCGAGUCCCAUGGGGAAUGGGCCAAGAAGCCGUUGCGGUUUUAUCUUCGUGGACACCCCUGUGUUAGCAUUGUGAAUAAAGAGGCAGAAAGACAGUCUCCGUCUGGAAAUGUAAUGUGUCAUUUAGGUCCCUCAGAUGUGCAGCCUGACACAGGACAACCUGAUGUCAAAAGGACUUAACAGGAAUAGUCCUGAAACUACUUUGCCAUCUGUUCCCUUUGUGGACUUCAUCAUUCAGACGUUCUUUUUCCCUUGCUGGGACACACUACUUCUUAGGAAUAUGAAAUUAAUACUUUCUGAAAUGAUUCCAUUAUAUUUUUUUUAUAAUUUUGUUGUUCUUAGUAAUUCAAGAUGAUACUAAUGCAGAGUUGUACUAGAAAGUAAAAGAUCAGAACUUCAGUCAGUUGAAUAGAAAUCAGUAAGACUGAAGUAAUUGGUGCCUAUUAAAAAAAAAUCUGUUCAGAAAUGUACAUUUACUCACUUUAGGUUCUGCCAUCUGGGUUUUUUAAUAAACAUUCAAACUUGAGAAAUUCUCUU